GUCAUUGUUUUUUAACGCGAUGAGUUUUAUAAGUGUUAUAUUAAUUGUUCUGAUCGUUGUAAGUUAUUUUGUCUUAAAUUAUCGUCGUCAAUUGCCCAUAAUUAAAGCCGCUAGACGUCUGCCGGGUCCAAAACCACUUCCGUUAAUUGGAAACGCCUGCUAUCUUUUGAAGAAAGAUUUUGAUGAAUUUUUGAAUAGUAUGUUAAGCCUUAUGGAUGGUUAUUCAUCCCCUGCUCGAUUCUGGUUCGGCAAUAAAUUAUAUAUUGUUGUAUAUGAACCGGAACAAAUAAAGAUUGUCCUGCAAAGCUCCAGUUGCUUGGAUAAAGGAGAAGUGUAUAAAUAUGCUGAGUCGUGGCUAGGUACGGGAUUGCUCACAGCUCCUGCGUCCAUAUGGAAACACACUCGAAAAAUGAUAGCUCCGUGUUUUAACGCAAGCUUAUUGAAGGUUUUUUUCGAUAUAUUCGCUAAACAAUCGUUGACAUUGGUGCAUGAAUUAGAAAAACUUGAAUCGUAUGAAAAAGAGGUUGACCUUUUUCAUUAUAUAUGGCUUUGUACCUUGGAUAUGAUAUAUGAAUCUACAACGGGAAUGAAGCUGGAAGCACAGUCAAAUAGAGACAAUCGUUAUGUAAAAGCAAUUACAAGGAUAAAAGAGAUAGUAGCAAUCAGAAUGCGAAAUAUAUUUUUGUUACCUAAUACUUUAUUCAAUUUGACCCAUUUGAGUUGUGAGCAACUGAAGAAUUUAGCUUUGAUCCAUUCUUAUGCCGAUAAGAUAAUAAAGAGAGCAUCAAAUAAGUUGAAUUAUACGAGUAAAACUGAAAGUACUACAAAAACGUUUCUGGAUAUUUUAAUGAAAACGUCUUAUGAGGGAGAAACGCUUACCAAGAAGAACAUUCGCGAUGAAGUUAAUACGAUAUUAGUAACAGGGAGUGAUACAACUGCUGUAACGAUGAAUUUUACAAUCUUUAUAUUAGCAAACUUUCCAGAAAUACAAGAGAAAGUAUAUAAAGAAUUGUCAGAAAUUUAUGGCAAUGAAAAUCUAAAUUCUGCGCCGAUCAAAUAUGAGGAUUUACAACAUAUGGAUUAUUUGAGUCGUGUAAUCAAGGAAACGAUGAGACUCUUUCCUCUUGUGGCUUGUGUUACACGACACUUAAAAGAAGAUUUAAAAAUAGGAGAAUUUAUAUUACCGAAAGGCGCUGAUAUUUUCCUGCCAUUUAUAAAAAUACAUCGAAAUGAAACAUAUUGGCAGAAUCCAUUGGUGUUUGAUCCUGAUAGAUUCCUUCCGCAUAAUAUGGCUAAUCGUCAUCAAUAUAGCUACUUACCUUUCAGUAACGGGCCAAGAAAUUGCAUAGGAUGGAAAUAUGGAAUGGUUUCCAUGAAAGUUAUGCUAGCUACUUUGAUACGAACAUUCGUAUUCAAAGUAGACAAAAGGAUUACACUAGAUGAAAUAAAAUUGAACGUAGCUCCAUUAUUGACUGUUAUUAAUCCUUUAAAAGUUAAGAUAAAAAAAAGAAACGUAUAACACAAAAUAAACAGGUAUAA